UGUAACGGAAACCAAAUUGGAUGCUAAUCAAAUCUCCCUCGUCUUUGGACUUCGGCGAAUGAUUAUCAUCCCUGUCUGUCAUCUUCCAGAUUCUCGCACCAAUUUUUCUUCGUAUCUCUCAAAUGCAUAGUUUUUUUUCAAAGCCGUCCUGUAAGAAAAACUGAUUGUGCUGAGGUGAGCGGGACGAUGCGGGGUUCCAUUGCGAAUUUGAAGGAGAAUCUGAAUAGAAUGGCUCUUGAAAUUCACGACGACGAUGAAAAUGAUGCCGCACUUUCACUGUAUAGAAAUUCAGGUGACAGAGCCCAAAAUUCAUCAGUAACGCCCGCCGAUCGUAGGAUUUCUCGAAAUUUCUCCCCUUCCAAGUCGCUCACGCAUCGCCAUUCUCCCAUCGCCAAUGGCUUCGAUUCUGCAUACGAGAACGAGAUAUUAAAAAACAAAGCAGACGUCAAAAGACUCCAACAGUCUGAGGCUGAAGUUAAGGAAUUGUCAGUUGUCUAUGAUGCAUUGUUAAAGGAGAAAGAGGAUGAGAUGUCAAGGUUGAAUGAAGAAACUAUAUCAUUGAUACCAAAUUUAGAAACAAGUUUUGUGUUGAAUGCAUCAAGAAACGUUCUCAAUGGGAAUAGUUGUCAAUCUUCUGGUCAACAACAUAAACCUAUAGUGAAAAGUUACUCCAUAGGAAGCCCUGCGAACAUUCUGGAUUCUCCCGGCCAUGAUGUGUUCAACAAUGGAACUCUUUGGUGCAGUGAUAAUGAGCUAGUGGACUUUAUGGAAGGGAAAAAUAGAUCACUGGUUUCUACACAAACAGUUUAUGAGUUGCGAUUAAAACAAUUAAGGAUGGAGCUUGAUAAAAAAUGCAGAAAGAUGGCAAUUAUUGUAAACAAAUUACAAGAGGAGCAGAAGCUGAAUGCUUCUUUUGAACAGGAGCUGAACUCUUUAAAAGUUGGCAAUGAUAAUAUGACUUUAGAGUUGAAAAGAAUUCAUGAUGAGCUGAAUCAGAAAACAUCAGAAAUCCAGCAGUUGCAAAUGGAGCUUCACACAAGAGAUAAUGAAGAAACAAAUGAACUGAUGGCAACAAAUUUGAGAAGAGUAAUAGUGACACUGCAGAAUGAAAACAGCACUCUUAAGACUGAGAAAGAAAAGUUGGAGGCUGCCUUGAUAGCAUCCCAACUUUCACCUGGCCAGACAAGUCUACCUGGUGGUAAUGAGACACAGUCACCACCAGUAUUUCCCAAACAAGAAGAAAUGGAGAAAUUAUUGCAAAAACUUGAAAUUGAUUUGAAUGAAAUGCGCAAAGAGAGGGACAAAGCACUGCAAGAACUUAAUCGUCUUAAGCAGCACCUGCUAGAGAAGGAAUCUGAAGAAUCAGAGAAAAUGGAUGAGGAUGGCAAGCUUAUUGAACAACUACAACAAAAUAAUGAACACCUAAGAGCUCAAGUAUUGCACUUAGAGACAGCACUUAAGCAGUCAGCUACAAGUCAAGAAGAAGUUAAGAGUUCUAUUGAUAAUGAAUUGAAGAAGGCAAAGGAAACAAUUGAUGAGCUGAAUGGAAAACUGGCAAGUCGUUUGAGUGUUAUAGAAGCUAAGAACAUUGAAAUCCUUAACCUGCAAACUGCAUUAGGCCAGUACUAUGCAGAACUUGAAGCUAAGGAACGUCUUGGAGAAAAAUUGACUACAGCGAAGGAAGAAUUGACUAGACUUUCCGGGCUUUUGAAGGAUUCUCAUCAACAGUCAGAAACAUUGAAAAGGGAGAAGGUUGAAGUAUUGGCUAAGCUUUCAGAUGCGGAGAGGAAAUUAUCUGAAAGGAAGAGCAGACUGAAUAAGCUUGAGCAAGACAAUGAAAAACUAAGCCGUGCUCUUGAGCAGAGCAUGACCAGAUUGAAUAGGAUGUCAUUGGAUUCAGACAAUUAUGUUGACAGGCGAAUUGUGAUCAAGUUAUUGGUGACUUACUUCCAGCGAAACCACAGCAAAGAGGUUCUGGAUCUUUUGGCCCGCAUGCUUGGAUUUUCUGAUGAAGAGAAGCAAAGAAUAGGGAUUGCUCAACAAGGAUCAGGUAAAGGCGUUAUUCGGGGUGUCUUGGGUCUCCCUGGCAGAUUAGUAGGAGGCAUCUUUGGCGGAGGCUCAAUCACUUCUAAUAUGAAUCCCAAUAAUCAGUCAUUUGUAGAUCUGUGGGUUGAUUUUCUUCUUAAAGAGACUGAAGAAAGAGAGAGAAGGGAGGCUGCUGAAGAAUACAAGGGAGAUGAACAAGGUGAGGAUGUUUCUGCUGCCAUGGAACAUAGACCAAAUGCUUCUGCUACAUCCUUAUCAUCUUCAUUACAAAUAGAUCCUCCGGAACACUCGGAUUCAGAGUUCUCAACUGUACCUCUCACCUCUCCUGCCACAAAUAUUCCAUUUUCUAGACUGCCAAGAGAAUGACCAAAAAUUUUAUGUUUUCUUUUCUCUUUUUGGAUCGACAUAGUAAUAUGCAAGUCUAUUUUGUUCUA